AUGGAAACAGGUCCGCGUGUUGUUGUCCUCUACGCAGCAGAGGAUGGGGAGUUCGUCAAGAGGCUGGUGGAGAAGCUGGUGGGUCUUUACGAGCCUUCCUACAGCCUACCCCAGACAGACAUCUCCUGUCAGCAGGUCACAGGUACUUCUGGUGACGUCAGCCGCGCACAGCUCACGUCCACACUGACCCUCGGUCGAGUGAAUCUUGUCGUGCCCGUGAUCAGCAGACACCUGCUUGCUGACCAGUCCUCGCUCACGGUCGGACUGGAAACUGCCGUGAGGAACAACAAGCCUCGAUACGUCAUUUGGCUGGACCAGAACAAGGAUGACUUCCGUGAGUUCGGCACGUUAGUCAGCCGGCAGUACCCAACCCUGGAGGCGCCGGCCAGGCGGGUCCAGCGGGACAGUCCUAGGGUUGAGGAGACGAUGCCCGGCUGUGGUGUCAGGGGGGUGGAAGGCAUCGCCUGGGAUGUGCGUGACACGCUCUGUAGACAGACAGGUGAACUGAGGCCACCGUGCUGGUGGGCCUUGUUCAGUACUCGUGAGUUCCUGGCUGACAACAUGAACCUCUCAGCUGUUCUCACACGACUGGAACAGGAGAACCAGCUGAGUCCGGCUGGGGUCCGGGAUAUCCAGGCGGAGCGGACACCAGUAAGCAGGGGGGAGCGGUUGGUAAACAUGCUGCAGUAUAACAGGAGGCGGCAGGAGCCGUACGACUGGUUAGUGCGGGUCCUGCGGGAGGAAGGACAGGACUUCCUGGUGGAGGAGAUGGAGGAACGGGAGCGGGUCUGGGAGCGGGUCUGGGAGCGGGACGUCGGCAUCGGGGAACAGCAGGCGGCACAACCUGGUCAGCAAACGGCACAGAGGGAACAUUUCGAACAAGAAAGUCAAGUCAUCCUGAAGAAACAUCUAAGUCAUCCCGGUGCGCAUGUGGAUGACGUCACAACACCUUCCGAAGUCAAGUGUGUGAUUCUGGGACAGACGGAGGCAGGGAAGACCAGUCUGCUCAACUGUAUGAUAAGGGGUCAAGGUCACGUAGAGAGUGAAACUGACAGAACCAUCGGUGUUGACAUCAUCACUUACGAUGACAACAAGAAUAACGUCAAGUACAAGAUGUACGACUUCGGAGGUCACCAGAUCUACCACUACACGCACCGGUUCUUCCUGACACGUCAGGCCCUGCACAUCCUCAAUGUAGACCUGCCAGGAUACAAGUCAGAAGAGUUCCAGGAACGAGUGGGAACGUGGCUAACAUCCGUGACUUCUCACGUGUUCAACCCGGCUAUCCUUGUUGUAGGAACCAAAGUCGACCUGUUCCCGCCAGACAAGGCCGAGGAGAUGAUAGCAGCAGCUUGUUCCUCCAUCCAGAGAGACAUCCAGGUCGCUGAGAGUAAAAUACAAACCAAGCUAAAUGAAGAGAUUCAACUCUGUCAGAAGGCGGUGGAUGCAGCGAACGGCAAAUCAGACCUGGCCGGACCUUUCUACGGUCUCACAAGAGACGACAUCUUGGCCAAGAAAGAGUCACUGGAGAAGUUACUUGACGGACGACCCAACGGUCUGUCAAACGUACAGGUUAUCCCGGUCAGCAGCAAGACGUUCCAGGGUAUCGAAGCUCUGUGCGACAAGAUGGCAGAAAUGGUGAAGGACGAGCGAUUGUUCCCUGCUGCCCGCCAAAAGCUGCCGACUUCCUGGACGAAACUGUCAGAAAACAUCAAGACUUCAGGACGGCCGUACCUUCAUGUCAGGGGUUGUCAGGACGUCGGAGCAGCUGCAGGGAUGAAGGAGUCAGACGUCCUGAACGCGCUCAUCUAUCUGCACGUGACCGGACAGAUCCUGUUCUACAACCACAUCAGGGGGAUGGAAGAUCUGGUCUUCCCGGACCCAACCAUCAUCCUCACACUCUUCAAGCAGAUCUUCAGACAUGACCUACCGGCAUAUCUGGACAGCAAAGCUGAGUCUCUCUCUGAACAUACCAGAGUGCAGUUUGCUAAAGACAGGGCGUCUUUCCUGAAGACGGGAAGGGCAAGCGACAGUUUCAUGAAGAACCUGCUUGGAGACAACAUUGCCACCUUCAACAGUCUCCUUCCCCUGAUGAAGCACUUCGGCCUGUGUUACUCAGGGUCGGUGAUCUUUCCAACAGAGCUUCCUGCCGCCCAGCCUGACGAGGUGGCGCGCUGCUGGUCAGAGCUUGUGCCAUCAGGCGGAGAGGAGAUCUCUCUUAUUAUAGAGUACAGCCAAGAGCCUCCUCUGGGUCUAACGGAAACGAUGGUCUCCCGUAUUCUGUCUAUGGAGCAGACUACACGCCGUCUCCUCACCAAGGACACAGUUGUCGUUCAUGUUGGAGAGAACUCAGAAGACGUGAUGUACCGCCAUUUCUCUACAAGAGAAGAAAUCCGGAUCCGGGGAGAGCCGGAGAAGGCGUGGCGCCAGGCUCAGACGGUAGCGAAGGUGAUGGAGGCCUGUUGGGACGAGUUUCCUGCCUUGUACUUCAGUAACAGUGUUGGAAGCGGAGUAACAACAAAGUCACUCACUAUAGAGGCUGUGAGGCGUCACGCGCCGGGUGACUUGUUGAGAAUGUCUGAAGGAAACUGGGAACGGCCACUCGAUAUUCCUGACGUCAGAACGUCGGAGAACGUCUUUGGCAAGUACUUCAUCGACAACCGGUUGUACCAGAUCAGCAGGGCUGUUGGUGAGGAGUGGCAGCUGUGGACCCGGCUGGGACAGGAGCUGGGACUGAACAGGGCCGUGCUGGACAACAUUAGAUUUUAUAAUGAAACCCAGAAGGCGUUCCAGAUGCUGAAGGCGUGGCGCACCAAGACCCCCCACGGACCGCUCCACUACCUGCCGCAGCUGGAGAAAACACUGCAGAACAUGGGCAAACCGGACCUGGCUGCAGAUGUACAGGGGAUGUAUAAGGACUACCGCGAAGCCUUGCGGUCACAAGAAAUCAGUCCUGAGAUGACCGGAGACACCGAAUGGUCCCUCCGCCUGCCAGGUGAAGGGAAGUACCUGUGCAGACGGACCGACCUGGGCGUGGUGACGCCCUACCCGCUGCACGUGACCUACAGGAGUGCGAACUGGUCCGACAACUGGCAGCAGGUGGGGGAAUGGAUGCCGGUGGGUCCGCUCUUCUCCAUCCAGUGUGAGGGCGUGGAGGGGCCGAUGGAAAUCCUACUGCCGCACGUGCUGUGCCUGGCUGAUGCAACAGAACUCACCACAGAAGACCUCCAAGUCGUGCACGUGGUGGGAGAUUCCCCCGAGCUGCUACCGGUUACAGAACUCACCCCCUCGCACGCGGUGACCAGGUUCAAGAAAGGCAGCCUUUUCGGGGUGGUGGGAAGGACAGAGAAAGUCCUGGGCAUCUCCAGGAACGGACUGUUGACGGCAUUUGCUUGCCAGGACGACUCCGACAUUUCUAUGUUGAAAGUUUACAUCGUCUCCAAUACAAGGAUCAUGAAAGAGACCCUUGCGGAGGACGAAGAGAAGCUGAAUUUCUCACUGUGCGACUACAAGACCUGCCAGCUGUAUCCAGGUGAUACCUACUAUCUUGAAGGGAGCGUUACAAACGGCAGAGACACGUUUGUAUCCUCAUCGCCGGAGUGUCUCAUGUUCGAAGACACGUUCGACACUAACAAAUUCUACGAACCGUUCCGGGUGGAAGUUAGUGCCGACAUCUGGAACAGCAGCACCACCUCGCGACUAAACCUAGAACUGCUGGAGAAGAGCAAGGAUGGUUCAAAGGAAUUCAUCUCAGGACUGACGCUGGGUCGCCACAAGCAAAGCUUCACGGCUGAAGGGUCUGACAGUGGCCAUUCGACACCCACUCAGCAGGGAGAGUCUAUGGGGAGACAGCCGGAUUCAACAAGGAUUUCAGCAGGCAGACGUACAUCGAGGGGUGAUCAUGAGAUAGAUGCUGCAGGUCCAUCUGAUGAUCCAGACAGCGGCCGUGCCGCAGAGCCUGCCGCUCACUCCAGCAGGAAGAGGAAGUCCAGCCGGACGCCGGAGAAAGGCAAGAAGUCAAAAGGUGGAGACCUAAGAGGCACAGACGUGCCAUCUAAGAAAAGGAAAGAGGAAAGUUCAACUGCCAGAGUUUCAGUCCUGUUAAUUAGUCAAGAAUACUGCACGUCGAAGGGCGGAAUCUCCACCAUCAACCUGAGUGUCGCGCGUAUGAUCGCCGCUGCAGGUGCCGAGGUCUACGCUACCGUGUUGGAGGCAAGUGAACAAGACGAGAGGGAUGCAGAACGAGACGGAGUGAAACUCCUCAAGCCGCGUCUUGAUCCCGACAGCAGCGCGAAGCCGUCCUUAGAGUGGCUGACUGUGUACCACAAACAUCACUUUCCACACAUCCCAUCAGAUGUCUGCUGCAUUGUGGGCCAUGUUGACGUCACAAGCAGAGCAGCCAGGAAGAUCAAAGAGGAGCGAUUUCCACACGCCAAGCUCGCCAUGUUUGGUCACGUGGCGCCAGAGGAGACAGAGCACUACAAGAGUGACGAGAAGGCCCUGGGUGUGGGGAAGAAGGAAGCCAGCAUCCAGGACGACAUUGGCAAGGCUGAUGUCGUCUUCUCGGUUGGACCGCGCAUUCACCGCCAUUACGACAGGUUCCUCCGUCAGCGUCACGUGACUCACCACAUCUUCCUACCUGAACCUUUAAAGAUCUUCCGCGAUGCAAACGUGAUCUUUGGUGAAAGCGACGACGUUAAGAAGCCAGAGAGAGUAGUUCUGUCCAUCGGCAGGGUGCGGAAUGUGGAGAGGCUGAAAGGUCACGACCUGGCCGCAGGAUCCAUAGACAAGGCGGCACAGCGGCUUGACAAUCAGUACACACUGAGGCUGAGAGUCCGCGGCAUCGAUGAGAACGACUUCAAGGAUAGCAAGAGAAUCCUGGAGGAGAAACUGAGAUCCGGCCGGGUCAAACCCACCCUGCUUCCGUACGGCACUCAAGAGGAGAUCCGCCGAGACAUGGAGGUCUGUCACCUGGUCCUGAUGCCGUCCCGGGCCGAACCGUUCGGACUGGUCGGCCUGGAGGCCAUCGCGGCAGGAGUUCCCGUCCUCAUCUCAGAGCACUCGGGCCUUGCAGAGCUGAUAGAGGAGCUAUCAGACAGGCUGGGACAGCCCAAGUUCCGCCACUGCAUCGUCAAGAUGACGGGAGACACCGCGACCGACUCUGAUGUAGAGAAGUGGGCAGAAAGAAUCGAGGACGUCCUCAAGAACGCCAGGUCAGAGUUCGCGGAAGCCCGCGCCUUCAGGGAGAAACUGCUGGCCUCCAAGUACUGGGAAGAAUCUCACCAGACGUUUCUACAUGCCUGUGGCAUCACUGCCACCCCCAGUGCCCAAGCGGAGGGUGAAGAUGCUGAAGCCGAUGACCCCAACUGAGGAUCUGACGACAGUAGAUCGUCUAUGUCAUUGAGUGUAAAUAAAGUGGUUUGACAGUGAGAAAUAAUUAAAACGUCUAAUGAUGCUGACGAUAAUCUACCUUAAAAAUUUUAGACAAUGCCUCGCGUC